AAUAAAGAUGGCUGCCUCCAUGUUCCAUGUGUGUGUGCUGUGUUUUGGGUGAAUCGUGCACUAACAACACGAUGAAAUAAUUUAUUUUACGAGUUUAUGUCUCCAAAAGCUCAACAUGAAACCUAAACUCCAGCGAAAAGGAGGCGGAAAAGGAAAACAGAACCGAGAUAAGCUGCAUAAAUUCAUGGUUUCUGUCCAGAACUUUGUGAAAAGUGAAGGAGGACAAGAUGAACCGGAGCCACACGGAUACAUGGAGAUGCUGGCGAAGAGGAAAAGUCGGAAAGAAAUGCGCAAAGAGAAGCGGAAGCUGAAGAAGAAGAAAAGGAUGAAAGUGAAGCAGCCUGCUGAGGAGAAUGAGCAGAGUGUCAGUGUGGAUACUGCUCCACACAAAGCUCCACACAAAGCUCCACCAGCCAUCAAAACCAAACCGCAGUCACCCUGUGCAGGUGCUGAGCUCACUGACAGGGAGAAGAAACCUAAAAGAAAAGUGCAUUUCGAGAAGACAGCACAUCAGCCUGAAAAGAAAGCCAAAGUGCAGAUGAUGAGGAAGAAAGCGCUGAUGGAAGCCAAUGAGAUGGAGGACCAGGAGAUCAAGAAGCUGGAGAAACGGCUUGGUCUCCAUAAGAGGAGGAACAAGAAGAGCCUUCCGCAGUCUUUCAUCAGUGACGGUCUCGAUUACAUCCUGGGCAUUCUGGAGCCUGGAGGGUCUGGGUUUUACGACAGCGAUGAGGAUGUGGAGUCGGCCAAAGCGAAGAGCAGGUUGAAGAAGUUAGAGGAGGAGGAGGAAGAUCAUGAUGAUGAGCUGGAUGAAGGCGAGGAGGAAGAUGAGGAGGAAGAUCAUGAUGAUGAAGGCGAGGAGGAAGAGGAAGAUCAUGAUGAUAAGGUAGAUGAAGGCAGGGAGGAAGAUCAUGAUGAUGAGGUGGAUGAAGGCGAGGAGGAGGAAGAUCAUGAUGAGGGGGAUGAAAGCGAGGAAGAUGAAGACAAAGGUGAAAAUGAGGACAUUGAAAAAGGAGAAGGUGCAUCAGGAGAAGAUGAUGAAGAAAAUACCCAAGAUAAGUCAUCUAGCAGUGAUGUGCCGGAUAAAUACGUCCCCCCUCAUCUCCGUGAAGCAGCCGACAGCAAGCGUAAAGCUGAGCUGGAGCGACUGAAACGCAGUCUGAAAGGUCUAAUAAACAGGUUGAGUGAACCCAACAUGGGCUCCAUCAGUGGGCAGGUGGAGGAGAUGUACAUGAGCAACAGCAGGAAGGACAUGAACGACGCACUGACAGAAGUUCUCAUGGCCGCCUGCGUCACGCCGGCGCUGAUGCCCGACAGGCUGUUGAUGGAGCACAUGUUGUUAGUCAGUAUCCUGCAUCACACGGUUGGACUGGAGGUUGGUGCUCAUUUCCUGGAGACGGUGGUGCGCCGUUUCGAUGAGACCCAGCGUGACAGUUCCAUCACGGGUAAAGAGUGCUCUAAUCUGGCCUCCAUGCUGGCGCACAUGUACAACUUCCAGGUGGUGCACUCGCUGCUGCUGUUUGACGUGCUCAGGCGGCUGCUGUUGUCGUUCACACCACUGGACGUGGAGCUCAUGCUGCUGCUGCUGAGGAACGUGGGCUUCUCCCUGAGGAAGGACGAUCCUCUGGGCCUGAAGGAGCUGAUAUCUGAAGCCCAGCGCAAAGCCAGCACGGAGGGAUCGCGUUUCAGCGACCAGACCAGAGUGCGCUUCAUGUUAGAGACCAUGCUGGCGCUGAAGAACAAUGACAUGCGGAAAAUUCCAGGUUACGACCCCGAGCCUGUGGAGAGACUGAGGAAACUGCAGCGCACACUGAUCCAGAACCGGGCGAGUGGCACUGAUGUGAAGCUCAGAGUUUCUUUGGAGAAUCUUCUGGAAGCACAGCGCGUUGGACGCUGGUGGAUCGUUGGGUCAUCUUGGAGCGGAGCGCCCAUGAUUAACGAUGACAAACCGACAACGCAGCCCGUUAAAGGCAAACAGUUCAGUGCCAAAGUGCUGGAGCUGGCACGCAAACAGCGCAUGAACACGGACAUCAGGAGGAACAUCUUCUGCGUCAUUAUGACCAGUGAGGAUUAUCUGGACGCCUUCGAGAAGCUCCUCAGACUGGGUCUGAAAGGUCAGCAGGAGCGUGAUAUCAUUCACGUUCUGCUCGACUGCUGCCUGCAGGAGAAAACCUUCAACAGCUUCUACGCAGUUUUAGCAGAGAAGUUUUGUGCACAUGACCGACGCUUCCAGAUGACAUUCCAGUUCUGUCUGUGGGAUAAGUUUAAAGAUCUGGCAACCCUGUCGAGCAGUUCCUUUACGAACCUCGUCCAGAUGGUCACACAUCUGUUAACCAAGAACUCACUCUCACUCUCCAUCCUCAAGGCCAUAGAGUUUGGAGAACUUGAUAAGCCCAAGGUCAAAUUUUUGAGGCAGAUCCUGUCCAAACUCUUCCAGCAGACUCAGGAGGAGGAUCUGGUUCACAUUUUCAGCCGGAUUUCUGGAAUUCCCAAGCUUGGAAUGCUACGUGAAGGACUGAAGCUCUUCAUCAGGCAUUUCCUACUUCGUAGCGCACAAAUGGAGGGAAUGCUGCUGAACAAGAGAGCUGAGCUCGCCAUCAAGGCCAUGGAGGAGCAUGACGCCAAGCUGAAACUGUAGAACACAAGCAGUUGAGACUCCUGGAGAAAAUUUUGAGGAAUUCAACAGAUUUUGUCCAGCAGGUGGCUCUUCAACCCAAAUAAUGAGGAAGAUGGUUUCGGGGGCUUUGUUUUUCCCUUUGCAGCACAUUUUUAGUGGAAGGACAAUUUGGCCUUCGAGUCUAAUUUAAACAAGGAGCCUCGGCUGCUUCGGAAAUAAGCAAAAAAUAACACUUGUUGGAUGAACAACAUCAAAUAUUGUUUAUAUUUUCAUAUUGUAUGAAGAUGUUAAAGAUAUUAAUUCUGAAUUAUUUUAUUUUUGAUGAAAAAAAGGUGUACGAGUUUCAGAAAAUGAUAAUCGAAAGACAAGACUUGGAAAAUUACGAAUUCAGUUGGUGUCAAGUUUUAUAACCUUUUCAAUAAAAGAUUUAACAGAUA